AUGUGGCUCUUGGAAAAGGCCGGCUACAGGAUGGGCAGCGCGGAGCCGGGGACCCGCCGGGCGCGCUGCAGGCUGUUCCUCCCCGCGCGCCGCGCCUGCCCCAACGUGCUCACCCCCGACCGCAUCCCGCAGUUCUGCAUCCCGCCGCGCCUCGCCAGCCCCGGCCGCGCCUCGCCCCCGGUCGCGCGCAGCGUCCCCCCGGCCUGCUCGCUGCCGCACCUGGCGGGACGCGAGGGCUGGGCCUUCCUGCCCGAGAGCCCGCACACGCGCCGCCGCGAGUCCCUGUUCCAUGCGCCGCCGCCCAGCUCGACCCCGGGGCUGCCCCCCUCUCCGUCGCGGCUGCACGUCUCGGCCCCCGACCUGCGCCUCUGCCGCGCCCCGGACAGCGACGCGGCCUCCUCGCCCGACUCGUCGCCCUUCGGCUCCCCGCGGCAGGGCCCGGGCCGGCGCCUGUCGCACCCGCGGUGCCCGGAGGGGGCGCACUGGGCGGACGCCAGCCCCUGGGCGCCGCUCCGCUGCCGGUCGUCCCCGUCGCCCCCGCCGCCGCCGCCGCUCUUCCACCUGGACUUCCUGUGCCGCCAGCUGCGGCCCGCCAAGGAGAGCGUGCUGCGCCUCGGGCCGCGGGGCGGGCAGCUGCGCCUCUGCGCCGAGUUCCAGGCGGCGCCCGGGCAGCUGCGCCUGCGCCUCGUGAGCGCCGAGGGCCUGUCCCGCCCGCGGGUCGGCCCGGGCAGCGGCGGCGGCGGCUGCUGUGUGGUGCUGAGGCUGCAGCCCCGCGUCCGGCCGCGCGCCCAGCGGAGCCGCGUGGUCAAGUGCAGCGCCAACCCCAUCUUCAACCAGGACUUCUUCUUCGACGGGCUGGGCCCGUCGGACCUGACCACCCGCAGCCUGAGGGCCAAGGUGCUGGACAGGGGCGCGGGGCUGCGCAGGGACGUGCUGCUGGGGGAGUGCGAGACGCCCCUCAUUGCCCUGCUGCCGCCCUUGGGUGCGGGGCUGGGCCCUGGGUCCUCCCUGGCGCCGACGCAUCUCAGCCUGUAGCCUAAGACAGCAGCUUCCUCCGGAGAUCGCCAGCGCCCGCGCGCGCAUGUGUGCGUUUUUGUUUUUUGUUUUGUACCAGGGUCGAACUCAGGACCUUGCGC